GAAAUGUAACAGGAGGUCCGGCAAGGUUACCGGGAGUCUUUGCCUCGAGCGAGCACCGUCACUUACGGUGCAGCAGGGCGCGUGCUAUGACAGAGCGCGUGACAGUACAGGAGAAUCACCUGAGCGCAGAGAAGGAUCGAUGCGUAAAGCUGAAUAAACUCGUGCAGCAGAUGUAGCAGCGCAGCGCGCGGCAGCAGCGACACAGUCUGAGAAGAAGCGGAGAGUGACGGAGGCUAGCCCGGGAGCAGGAGCGCAUAUGACCGCCUCCCUGGUGUUAAACCCUCGCUGGCCCGCGGACACGGUGAUGUUUGUGUAUGACAACAACCUGGACGAGCUAAACAAGAACAUGGAGGGGCUGGUGGGCAGCGGGAACCUGUCCACUCAGUGCCGCAACAUCAUGGCUCACUCCGCGGCUCUGAGCGGCCACCCAUCCGGCCUCGUGCACUCCUCGGCGGGAUAUUCCACCGUGGAUGUGUCCGCCUCGGGCUCCACUGAGUCGGCAGCCACCUCGGGGAAGCAGUGCGCGGCCGGUCCGUGCCAGAGCUCCUCUGCCGCCCCGGCGUUACCGUACAGCUACUUCGGUAACGGAUACUACCCGUGCAGGAUGGGGCGGGGCUCCCUGAAGUCUUGCACGCAGGGACCCGCGCUCAGCUCGCAGUACAUGGACACCACAGUGAGUUCUGAAGACUUCUCCAACCACCGGGCCAAAGAGUUCGCCUUCUAUCACGGAUACCCCAGCCCCUACCAGUCCAUGGCGAGCUACCUGGACGUUUCGGUGGUCCAGACUCUGGGCACCGAGCCGCGCCAUGACACCCUGCUUCCCAUGGACAGCUACCAGCCGUGGGCUUUGACCAACGGCUGGGGGGGUCAGAUGUACUGCUCCAAGGACCAGGGACAGGCUGGACAUCUGUGGAAGUCAGCGCUGGCAGAUGUGGUGGCUCAUCAGCACGACGGCUCGCCUUUCCGCCGCGGCAGGAAGAAGCGGAUCCCGUACACCAAGGUGCAGCUGAAGGAGCUGGAGAAAGAAUACGCGGCCAACAAAUUCAUCACCAAGGACAAGAGGAGGAAGAUCUCCACCGCCACCAACCUGUCGGAGCGGCAGAUCACCAUCUGGUUCCAGAACCGGAGGGUGAAGGAGAAGAAGUUCGUGGCCAAAGUGAAGAGCAGCGCGCCGUAGCGUGCGGGCUCGUGCGCUCUGCACGGUUCAGAUGAAGGACCUGGAUGUUUCCUGUGUGUUAGACAUGAAGAACGAACUGAGAGAAAUCCUAAUAAAGAAACUCGGUGGUACUCCUCGUGGACUGGGGCUGUGCGUAAAAGCGCGUCAAGACAAAAAAAGCCCUGUUCUGUACAUACAGCACCUUCCUGCCUGCUCUGAUGUAUCUGUGUGUCUCCUGUCCCUGUUUUAUUGUCUGUCUGUCCGUGUUGUUCGUGUAAACCCUCUCUGUGCUGUUCAUACUGUUUAUAACGCCUGUAAGCCCGUAAUCAAAGUAUAGUGCAUCACUUAAUAAACACCUUUAAUCCCA